UCUGGCAUCUCUGCCGGGUGUGUGUGCGACAUACGAAUUGUGUAUCUGUAAUUUACUCAAAAUUUAGGUGUAAACAAUGUGUCUCUUAAAUCAUUUAUACAUUUAAUACAACAAUAUUAAUAAUCCCUUUGCCAAUGUCAUAGUUUAGUGCUUUUUUUACUUGUUAUACAUUGAUGUGAGGCUCCCGUGCUUUGUCUUCGUGUGUGACAAUAUACUCAAAAUGGCGCAUCAACUGGCACCGUCUGUAAAUUGUUCAUUGGACGACAUUGACCUCAGCGCUCUAAAGGAUCCUGCUGGCAUUUUCGAACUCAUAGAAGUUGUCGGAAAUGGCACAUAUGGCCAAGUGUACAAGGGCCGCCACACCAAAACUGGCCAACUUGCUGCCAUCAAAGUUAUGGACGUCACACAAGACGAAGAGGAAGAAAUCAAACUUGAGAUAAAUGUUCUGAAAAAGUACUCUAACCAUCGAAAUAUAGCUACUUAUUAUGGUGCAUUUAUUAAGAAAAGUCCCCCCGGCAAAGAUGACCAACUUUGGUUAGUCAUGGAGUAUUGUGGUGCUGGUUCAGUGACGGAUUUGGUGAAAUCAACCAAAGGACAAUCUUUGAAAGAAGAAUGGAUCUCUUACAUUUGCAGAGAAAUCUUGAGAGGUCUAAGCUACCUGCACUCAAACAAAGUCAUCCACAGGGAUAUCAAAGGACAAAAUGUCUUGUUGACUGACAAUGCUGAAGUUAAACUUGUGGAUUUUGGUGUGUCAGCACAACUUGAUAGGACCAUCGGUAGAAGGAAUACAUUCAUUGGUACACCUUACUGGAUGGCGCCAGAAGUCAUUGCCUGUGAUGAGAAUCCAGAUGCCACCUAUGACAACCGCUCUGAUCUUUGGUCUCUUGGCAUCACUGCCUUGGAGAUGGCUGAGAGUCAGCCACCUCUCUGUGAUCUCCAUCCUAUGCGUGCUCUCUUUCUUAUUCCAAGAAAUCCGCCUCCUCGUCUCAAAUCCAAAAAAUGGGCUAAGAAAUUUCAUAGUUUUAUUGAGACUGUUCUUGUCAAGGAUUAUCAUCAACGGCCUUAUACUGAGCAGCUUCUAAAGCAUCCCUUUAUCAGGGACCAACCUACCGAAAGACAAGUGAGAAUACAGUUGAAGGAUCACAUAGAUAGGUGUAAAAAGAGAAAGCAGGACAAUUCUGUCCGCGAAGACUACAAAUACUCGGGAUCUGAGGGCGAAGAAGAGGAGAAUGCGAUCGCUGGGGAGCCCUCUUCCAUCGUGCACAACGCCGCGGCGCACCAGGGCGGCGACACGCUGCGCCGCAACUUCCAACAGAUACAGGAGGGACGAGCUCCCGCGGAGCCCCCACAGCCGCAGCCGCCGCCUAAACGCAACAGUAAACGCGAGGAGCGGGAGGAGAUACCAGAACCUGGCCCGCCGGCGAGGCCUUCCAUUCCACAAAGACUGAUUGUAGUGCCAGACCCACAAACACAGCAACCUAAUAGAUAUAGGCCUCUGCCCCCGACGCCGAAGUCGUCGGGCUCGUCCAACAGCUCGGGCUCCAACAACGGGACGCCGCCUGCCAGCGGCCCGCAGCCGCCGCAGCGCGGCUCGCACCACAUGUUCAAGCCUAUGCUUCCUCCGCGAAGACCAGAGGAUUUGGAUAAGUUGGCUGCACAACUCAACGAACUGGGAGUGGUGUCAGGCAACGAGCCGCCCAAUCGACCUCCGCGUGCACCUACUAAUGGGCAAGGUCCUCCCGUGGAGCGCAACCCACCGGAGCCGACGUUCGACGAGUCGGACAGCGACUCGGACGCGGAAGAGAGCGGCGGCCGCGUGCGCAACGACGGCACGCUGCUCGCCAGCGACCCGCCCAAACCGCUACCGGGCCUGAGCGCGGUGUCGGAGGACGGCGGCGGCGCCGGCGGAGCGCCCACGCGCCCGCUGCCGCCCACGCCCGACGACGACGAGCCACACCCAGACCGCACGCUCGUGAUGAAGCGGAAAGAGAAUACGGAAACCGAUAAACGGCAGUCGGACGUUGACGAGGCGGUGCUCCUGAAGGAUUGGGACUUCGCGCGGUUUUUCCCCUCGCGGAAUGCAGAAGGCAAGGGCGAGAAGAAAGAAACGCCGCGCGUAGAGCCUACGCCCCCGCCGCGACGCGAAGACCCCUGGUCCCAAUUCAAGGCCAACAACACGCCGCCCGCCCGCCACAAGCAACCUCAACCACAAAAACCCAGCGAGAAAUCCACCCAGGACAAACUCUCCGACAUCAUCAAAUACAAGAAGGAACAAGACGCGGAGUUGAACUCUCCAAACAGAUUCUUUAGAGGGUUCAGAAGGGAGAACUCCGAUUUUUUUCCUUUGCCCAGCACGCGACACUCCGCAAUAUACUUUCCUAAGCACGAAAGUCAGGUCGGAGCGAGCAAGCAGCUGAGAUCCAGUGGCAUAUUUAACAAUUCGCGGAAGCAAGUGAUCAAGUCGCCGGCCUCGGGCGAGCCGAUAUUGACUGAUUUUAUAAAGAUGAACGACAGUCUGAAGAUGUCGGCGCAGGGCGAGGUCAAGAAGAGUGAUAAGAAGGCGAGCGAUAGAAAGGUGUCGGCGAAUAAUCCGAUUGACGCUCUGAAGACGGUGGCGGCGCUGAUCAGGCAAGAUAGCGAGAAUAGCACGCCGAGUCGGCAGAGUUCCGUCAACAGCGAUUCACCUGCGUCAAGCGUGUGCUUCGCGGGCGCGCCUGACGUCACCGCCGAUACCGCCACGCCAGCGCCCGACGCCAGCAUCGUCAGGCCCCGCAGAGAAAAGACUGAAUCUGACAUAGUAUUCCGAAGAAACUCACAUUACAAUCGGCACUCUGAGCUUAUGUCGAGUGGGCAGGAAGCGGUACUCGCACAGGAUAAGGGUCGGUCGAGUGGCGCGAACGACGGCAGUGGGGCUCGCACCAGCUCUGUGCUCCCCGACUUGGUGAGCCAGGCGGGCCAGCCCACCACGCCGCCGCGCCACGACAAGUCCACCAGCGAGGAGUACAGGCAAGCGAUUGCCGGGGGCAUGCCCCUCCCCCACCACCACCCGUCCCCCCCCUCGGCGCAGUCCACGCCGUCCAAGUCGUUCGUGGCGGGCGCGCUGCAGCAGUCGCCGUCGAGCUCGUCGGUGGGCUCGCAACAGUUCCUCCCCCUGCAACAGAAGCAGCGCUCCUUCCUCACGUUCGGCUUCGGCGCGGGCUCGGCCGGCAGCGGCACCGGCGGCUCCGGCAACGCGUCGCGCCGCGAGUCGCACGUCAACGUCAACGUCACGCCCACCGGCCACGACCUCAGCUCCGACACGCCCGAGAUCAGGAAGUACAAGAAGCGGUUCAACUCGGAGAUACUCUGCGCGGCGCUCUGGGGAGUCAACUUACUAAUCGGAACGGAAAAUGGAUUGAUGCUACUUGACCGCUCUGGACAAGGCAAAGUUUAUCAAUUGAUCUCACGACGCCGCUUCCAACAAAUGGAAGUGCUAGAAGGACAGAACAUUCUCGUGACGGUAUCCGGCAAGAAGAACCGCGUCCGAGUGUACUAUCUCAGUUGGCUCAAGUCAAAAAUACUGCGCACCGAUGGAUUAAGUGAUGUGAGUAGAAGCACCUCUUAUUUUAAUCGAAUUAUUAACAAUGAACAAAUUUUAAUGUUUGACCUCGUAUUACAGCAAGCGGAAAGGAGGAAUGGUUGGAUCAACGUUGGUGAGCUGCAAGGAGCAGUCCACUUCCGCAUUGUGAAAUAUCAACGAAUCAAAUUCCUUGUAAUUGCUCUCAAGGAUUCUAUUGAGAUAUACGCCUGGGCUCCUAAGCCCUAUCACAAAUUCAUGGCCUUCAAAAACUUUGGAGAGCUACAGCAUAGGCCUCUUUUAGUAGAUCUUACCAUUGAAGAAGAAACAAGACUGAAAGUAAUUUAUGGUUCUGCCGAUGGUUUCCACGCUGUUGACUUGGACACUGCCACAGUCUAUGACAUUUAUAUUCCGAAGCAUGGAGCCAUUGUACCACAUUGCAUUGUACCUCUUCCGAACUCCAAUGGGAUGCAGUUAUUGUUAUGCUACGACAACGAAGGCGUGUAUGUGAAUACUAAUGGACGUGUUAGCAAAAAUAUUGUUCUUCAGUGGGGAGAAAUGCCCACUUCAGUAGCCUACAUCGGCACAGGACAAAUCAUGGGCUGGGGCAACAAGGCAAUCGAAAUACGUUCCGUCGAGAGCGGCCACCUCGACGGCGUGUUCAUGCACAAAAAGGCCCAACGACUCAAGUUCUUGUGCGAGCGCAACGACAAAGUAUUCUUCUCGUCGGCCAAGGGCGGCUCCUCGUGCCAGAUAUACUUCAUGACGCUGAACAAGCCCGGCAUGGCCAACUGGUAGUGGCGCCGCCUGUGAUCUGUGAUGACGCACACCGCACGCGGCCCGGUGCCCGCAGCCAAUGUAACUUCGCCACAAAGCCACAGUUCGUCUCGCUCGCACGACAAUAUGUAGAUGACGUUACCAUAUGCGAAUCCAUUUGGACGAUAUCAGUACAUUUACGUAGCUUUAGAUAACGCGUCCGUGCACCCUGACGAGAGCAUACGUCAUGACCGUACAUUUUUCGGCGGGGCGUUUCGAACAACGAAUGUUACUUGCCUGGGGAGCUGGUGUACGCUCGUGCCCUCAUUGUACAAGACGACAUGCCAGUAGUUUAGUCAAAGUAACAAAAUUAUACCAUGUGCUUCGGUCAUUUGAAAUUUAAAGACUUGUGAUAGUGACAGAUGGUAAUUUAUGCUCAAAAGACAAUCCACGUAAUUACAAUCGAGUUAAUUGAAACCCAUUUAUUACAAGUGUCAUUUUGUACUGAGAAUCGAUACAACCUACUAAGAAAUAUUAUUGUAAUAUUAAGCAAUAACCUCUAGAAUAAAUGUUUUGAUAUUGAAAAUUAUUCUUAAGUAAGUUAAUAUUGCUUAGGUUUUAUUAUUAUGUUGCAAUUGUUUAUUUCUAAAAGAAAGUGUAAUGAGAAAUCUACCUAUUCAUUCGUAUAUGGCCAUAUUAUAUUGUUUAUAUAAAGUUAAGCUAGUUGGUGGUGAUGAUGAAAAGUAAUUGGUUACAUUAUGUUACGUU